GAAUAUUUCAUGAUUUUUUUAAUCAAUCAUCCAUUUCAUCAUCAAUCAUCCAUAAAUAAAUAAACAAUCUAUCAAUUUGUUAGCUACUUGUGUUGAAAUCAAUAUUAAUAUCAUUUUCAAUUAGAUAUGGAUAUUAACUCUAAGAGGAAUUUGACUGUUUUAGCUGUAGUUGUGCUUUGUUUUGCUAUUCUCUGGCCAAAAAUAUUUUAUCCUAUGAUUUUGUCGAUUAUUUUCCCGGUAUCCGCUGAAGAAGAAAUGCAAGAUGAUAUUCAAAAGCUGAAUUUAGACAGUGUGUUACGUCCUCAAAUGAGAGAAGCCAUGGGUGAAGCUAGACCUCUAGAAAAAUCAUUGAAAGAAGGAAACAAGGCAUUAUUUCAUCCUUCAGUGAGGUAUAUGACUAAACCUCAUUCUAAAGGAGCAGGAGCUGUAAAUUUUGUUAUUCCUGUCUACACCAUUGGAAUAAUUUUGUUCUUUCUCUAUUCUCUCUUGAAAACCGUCUUUAAGCCUCAACCUGAAACUUAUCUUUCUUAUAAGAAUGAUUCUCAAAAAGUUCUUUGUCCUUUGAGUUCUUCAGAAACAGAAGAGGUAUUAAUUAGAAGAAAAGAUACUGUUCAAGAAAGAAAAACUCAACAUGCUCUUGAACAAUAUGGAAAAGAUAAAGUGUUAACAGCAUUGAAGACAAUUAUUUUAGAAAUGGAAGAUUUCAAAGGAAAUUUAAAUGGGAAGGAUGUUCAAGAAAAUUUUGUUUCUGAUUCCAAUGAUGUACCAUCUUUAAAAAAUCUAAGACCAAAGUCUGAACUGUAAUAGCUUGUCAAGUCAACAAUGAAUUUGUACUAUGUUCACUAAAUGGAAGAAAAACAAUAUUUUUUAGAGAUAUAUUCUCUAAGCUGCAGUGUGAGUUUUAUGUGGUGUAUUUUAAAUGUAUAUAAAUGCAAGUUACAAUUUAUGUGGUAAAUGCAUGUUACUAUUAAUGUGAUAAGUCUGGUUUUUAUUGGGCUUCCCCUUAACUUAUAAUCAGACAUACCAAAAGGGAUUGUUUGUUACUAUCAAUAUAAAAAAAAAUAGUUUAACUUGUGGGUACAUUAUUAUUUUUCUUUUAAGCAACAUAAUUAUUGAUAGUGUGUAAUUGUUAAAAUGCAAUAAAAAAAAUUGCAAUGGGUUUCUUAAAUCAUAUCAAAUACGAGUUACAGAAUGGGAUUCACAAAUCAUAUAAAUCUAAAUUCUAUACAUAAGAAUUUUGAUAUAUGUCUCGCAAAUCAUCUGAGCUAAAAUUAAAAUACAAAUUGCGAUGAGGAAUUUGUUAAUCUUGAUGUAAAAUUAAAAAGUAAUUUUACUUCACAAUUCAUUUCAUAUUGUUACCUUUUUACAUAUGUAAACUAAAGGUUAUUGUACUAAUUAAUUUAAUGAUAGUUGCUUCUGAUGAUUUUAUUCUUAUUUAUUUUUUGCAAUGUUGAAUAAUCUACUUCCUAUAGAACCCAGACAAUUCUAAAAUUUCAAAUCUCGGCACCAUGGAUGUCUGAUAAUCAGUGUUUUACCAUAUAUAGUAAUUGUAUAUAGUAGCUGAUUAUUAUGCAUACAAGCCCAAACAAUUAGUUUGAUAGUGUAUGUUGCAAUUAUAGUUAUCUCUUGUUGCAAAUUUAUUUAUAUAAUUUCACCGACUGUAAUUUUAUCUUACUUGCUCUCUUUUAUAUUUAUCUUAUUUUCUUACAAUAAAAUUAAUUAUUCUGAAUGAUAACCACUCACUAUAAAAUUAGAUUGGUUUUAAAAAUGCCAGAACUUCUAAUAUAUUUUGUAUGAUCAGGAUGAAAUUCUAAAAAAAGGUUCUGCUUGUAUGCAUAAAAAAAAAUUGCCAACUUAAGUUAGACUAAUAGAUUUUUAAAUAAUAGUUAUUUGUGAAAUAUUCACUCAUUUUUGAUGGAAAUAAAAUUUUAAUACUCAUUUAAUGUGCAUAGAUAAUUUAAAUACAUACACUUAUAGACACUAUAGAGCAAUAUGUCUGAUUAGCAUUAUGUCUUUGAUCAUGUUAUCCUCUCUUUCUUCCUCUUUACCCUUAUUUUAAUUAACUACUAACUUCUAAUUUAGCUAAUCAACUAAUUUGUAAUAACACAGGCAAUAUAUAAUGCAUAAUUUACGAAGGAGGCCUCAUUGGCCAGGUACUCUGCUUCAGAUCUUCAUUAGUUUCCUCAUAUCUGAAAGCUUUAUGAUAUUUUUAAAUAAGUAAACAAUUUUACCCUGAAAUAAAAUUUCCUGAGGCAGAGACAAAAUAUACUUUUCUUAUCGAGUUAACAUAGCAGCAUGCAUAUUACUUUAUAUAACUAUUUGUAUUUUUUCAAUAAGUACAUUAUAUUAAAAAUUCUUUUUGCAGUAUCAGUACUGAAUCACAGUACACUUCAAUGUCAAAAUCUUAUUUAAAAAGAAUACUUUAUAAAGGCUAAAAUUAUUUUGUAAACUUAUUAUAAAAUUUACUUCAGCCUUAUACAUAGGGGAAAAAAAGUUUAAAAUAUUUUAAACUUAAAUUUAAUAAUUUCCAGUUAAUUGAAUUAUCCAUAAAAGAUUUUGACCUGAAGUUAGUGAUUUUAAAAGGAUAAAGAAAAUACAAUCACACUAAAGUAAAAAACCUAAUAUUUAUGUGUAGAAGGCAAAGCCCUGACUCACUCAUCACCAAUUCUCCCACUUCCCAUGAAGUUAUAAAGAACACAUAGUCCAAAAUUUAGAUCUCUAAGAUAGAAAAAAUUUUUUAUUUUAAUAUUUUUUAAUUAUCACGGUAGUUACGAAGUAAACUAAUUAACAGUAAUGAUAAAUAAAUUGUAUGUUUUUGCCAAGAUUGGAGGCUUGAAUUUGGACCAUAUGUUCUGUUUGAGAUUAAUAGAAAAACUGAAAAUGCUUAAUUUUUUUCAAAAACAAAAGAAUAUUAAUAGUAAGCUGACCAGCGUCCUACCUAAACUGAAAAACUGGUAGCAAAAUUUCUAAAAGAACAUUCAAAAACUCACCUCUUCUUUUCAAUUAAAUUAUUUCUGUUAGAGAAUCUCUGUGAGGGAUUUCUGUUCUUAGAAUAUUAAAUUGGAAAGAUAAAGCAGUGAGUUUUAAAGUAUCUGCUUAGAAAUUUUGCUUGCAAUUUUUUAGUUUUGGAAGAACACUGGUCUAGCUGUCCUGUUAAUUGGUUCAAAUCUGUGGAAGAUCUAUUAAUACCCUUGUCAUAGAUACUGGGUUAGGUUACAGUUUUAUUUACAUAUGAUUCUAAAAUAAACCUUAACUUCAAAUUUUAGCAUGUAAAGAUCCAUCUUUUAAGAAUACUCAAGAAACAAUCAUAAUUUAAGUUUCCCUCAAAAAUUGUAAAAAUGAAGAUAUACAAUGCCAAUAGCACAAACAUUUUCAUCUUAUAAAAUAUGUAAGCCAUAUGAGAUGUUGUAUAGUAAUUGUUAAUGUACAAAGGCAGUGUUGAAUAAACAUGUUGUUCAUCAAGAAAAAA